UAUUAAUAAACUAAUACAUCUUCGCGAUCAACGCUUAUAUGUUCAAUGUUGCAGAGAGUCAGCACCUAAGGGAAACUACUGCUGUUUGGAUGAUGAUUUUAUUGGUGAUAUCACUCUUGGGGAACAUCAUACUUGCUAUUGCCAUGGUGAUUGUAUGCAAGAGGAAGCAGAAGAAGGAGGACAUUACUCGUGUACGUGUUGACCCAGGAGAGGCAGGCGAUCCACAGAACCUUGAUUACGAGCUGCCUCAACAGAGUGCAGUCAGGCAACAUGCCUACCAGGGCCUCAAAGGAACGGGGAUCGACAACAUCCAAGAAGGGGUUUACGAUGACAUCGCUGAUCCAGAGAAAUUGGAAUACGUCAAUAUUUCAUCUCAAGUUCGAAAGAAGUUAUUCCCGUUGAACGUAAGGCGUCAUGUAGAGACCCCGGACUGCGUCAACGACACGCGUGACCUUUAACAUGCAAUAAGUGACAUCGCACAAGGAAUGGAUGUAGAGCUAUAUCACAUUGGGCUGCAAAAGCUUGCAACUUGUUUCAGACACAACAUUUAGAGAUGAUACUAGAAUUAGCAACAAUUUUUACUUGGAAUCACACUAAAUUGGUACUUACGACACAGUAUGUCGCACGAACUCCCCACAACAUUUGGGUAAAAAAUUUGCCUCGAGUUCGCAAACUGCAUUUCCAUAAUUUUAUUAAACUAAUUUAUUUUCACUGGCUACCUGCCGUAGCAACAAACAACAAACUCCAUUUCGUUGACGAUCAGCCAUGCAUGAAGUAUUUCGUCUUCUUUGUUGUUAGGGCAGACAGCCAGUGGAACGGAUUCUUUUAAUAAAUUAUGGAAAUGCAAGCAUUGCUUUAAACAAAUAGAACCUUAUUACUUCUCGCUCAUUUUUUCCUGAUUGAGGUGUCAUAUAAAAAGGCAGAAAAUGAACUUUCUAGAAAUGGGAUUUGUCCUUGAAAUUAAGAUACCAUUCGCCAAAUGAUUUUUUGGUACACUUUCUUUAAAUUGCUUUUAA